AUGUCGAGGCCUCCCCGACUCGCGCGUCCUCAAUACGCGCCCCCAUCUCCCUCAGGCUCGACCUUUUCGCAGGCUCCGCAGUACGUCUCAUCGAGGGCAACAUACCCCACAUUCCUAUCUCUGCAAGAGACCGCUUGGCUGCAGCUGACAUGCGCGGGACGCGGGCUCGUUGAUGCCUUCCGGUGGGACACAGUGAUUAAGCUCAUUGCGAGUGAUUCUGAGAUACGCUCGAACGUACUGAAGUCGCUCAUGCUUAACACCGUCUCUCUCGUGUCCAUCUACUUCUUUGACUGGCUGCUCCUCCCACUCGCGCAAGGGCAACAGAAAUGGCUGCAUCGCAACGUUGGAUGGUUCUACCAGGUACUCUGGCUACUGCCUGUUGUUGGCGUCUCGUUCUACCUAAAUAGCUCAUGGUGCACGCUCAUAGCCAAACGCACCUUCACGCUGCAACACGGAUCGCGCGCCGCGGCGCAGCCACCUAAUACAUACAGCGGCAUGCUCAACGCGCUCGCCACUUCUGCCUACCGCGGCGUCAUGGUCUGCACGUCCGUCGUGGUUUCGUUUGCGCUGGCGUACAUCCCGUAUGUUGGACCUCUUGCCGGUUUCGUGUUUCUCUGCUGGAUAGACGCCUAUUACUGCUUUGAGUUCAUUUGGAUAGCGAGAGGAUUCUCCCUCUCAAGACGAGUGCGCCAUCUGGAAGAGCGAUGGGCAUACUACUUCGCAUUCGGUCUUCCCACUUCUGCGCUGUGCAUGUGGGGCAGCAGCCUGGCAAAUGUUGCAUUGUUUGCUCUCAUCUUUCCUGCGUACAUCAUCAUGGCGAUAUACGCACGCCCCUUACCGGUCGACCCCUACAACCCCUCGACGUCGGUCGGCAGCCGAAGCGCGGUCGACGACGUCGUGCGAUACCCGUCGCCGCUUGUACCCAUCCGGAUCCCAGUCUUCGCGCUCGUGAUUUGGUUGAACGACUGGAUUGUGCGCAUCCUCAGCGUCGGCACAAGUGGUGGCGCGCCAAGCUCAGCGUACGGUGGCGGCGGGAAGCCUGGCGUGCGGCAUAGACGGGUCCCCAGCGACAGUGUGGAGAGUAUCGAGGAGGGCGAGGCGAUUGAGCUGGAUAGUGUGAGCGCUAGGAGCGGAGUGCCGGAUGUGGGCAGAGCGAGAGUUCGAGCGGGAGGUUAUGGGGGGAGUCCGAGCCUAGGAAGAGGAGGUCGGAAGUAUGACUGAUUGCUGCGGUCUCGGAGUGCACUACUAUCACCGAGAAUGAUCGUUGGACAAGCGGUCGAUAUCCCCUGGAAUUAAAAGGCCAGAGCGCGCGCAGUGAC